CCUCGAUGGCUGCCCUGCACAGUGGGCUGGGCCCCGCAUAAGCAGGAUAUAAAGCGUGCGCUGAACCCAUACCCCACCGCUCGGCUCGCACUAGCCUAGCCUGUAGCCAGCCCUGAGGAUUUCUCCGACGAGUUUUAGGGUCGUCCUGGCAACCAGCUGCUCAGCCAAUCAGCGUUCGGUAUUACGAUCCUCCCUCAACAUCUGGAGCCAUGGCGGUGAGAAGAGCCCUGAUUGUACUGGCCCAUUCAGAGAAGACAUCAUUCAAUUACGCCAUGAAGGAGGCUGCCGUAGAGGCCCUGAAGAAGAAAGGAUGGGAGGUACUCGAAUCUGACCUCUAUGCUAUGAACUUCAACCCCAUCAUUUCCAGAAAUGACAUCACAGGUGAGCUGAAGGACUCGGAGAACUUUCAGUAUCCUUCCGAGACAUCUCUAGCAUAUAAGGAAGGACGCCUGAGCCCUGAUAUUGUGUCUGAACAGAAGAAGCUGGAAGCUGCAGACCUGGUGAUAUUUCAGUUCCCAUUGCAGUGGAUUGGGGUGCCCGCCAUUCUGAAAGGAUGGUUUGAGAGAGUGUUCGUGGCAGGAUUUGCCUACUCAUAUGCUGCCAUGUACGACAAGGGCCCUUUCCAGAAUAAGAAGACCUUGCUUUCCAUCACCACUGGGGGUAGCGGCUCCAUGUACUCUCUUCAGGGUGUCCACGGGGACAUGAACGUCAUUCUCUGGCCAAUUCAGAGUGGCAUCCUGCAUUUCUGUGGCUUCCAGGUCCUAGAACCUCAACUGGUUUACAGCAUUGGCCACACUCCACCAGACGCCCGCACGCAGAUCCUGGAAGGAUGGAAGAAACGUCUGGAGACCGUCUGGGAGGAGACCCCACUCUAUUUUGCUCCAAGCAGCCUGUUUGACCUCAACUUUCAGGCGGGAUUCUUAAUGAAAAAAGAGGUUCAAGAGGAGCAGAAGAAGAACAAGUUUGGCCUCUCUGUGGGCCAUCAUCUGGGCAAGUCCAUUCCAGCCGACAACCAGAUUAAAGCUAGAAAAUAAGGCUUUUUUCCCCUAACAUAUAGUUAGAUGCAGCUUUCUUCCCCCCCCCCCCAGCUUAUUUGACUUGCUUUCAUUUUAUUCCUUUGCUCCACAAGGAUGGGAAAAGGAGGAAGCUUGCUUCAUGUUUUUUUUUUUUUUUUUGGAUAGUUCUGCAGUGGCCAUAAUGGCAAAAUGAAUGAAGUCAGAUUAGGGGCCUCAGGUGGCCUGGGAUGUGACUCAGGGGGGAAGUGCAGAAGCAAGCUGGAAAUUACUCUUCUAGGUCAUUUAUGCAAUAUACACCCUUUUCUUCGGGCUAGCCCCAGCUAGAUGGCAUCCAAUCCUCCAUCAAGAUUCGUUGCCUUUAAUUACCUCUCUGUGGUUUAGGGCAGAAGGGAAUUGCUCAGAGAAAACGAUGGCCAGGGGACUAACUUGUUUAGCGGUUAGCAGUUAGCUAAAGCCUGUUUAUGAUACAUCCUGGUUUCAAUUACUGUGCAGUGGCUGACAUGGCGCCCAGGGGGAUGGCUCUCCAGCCCUUCUCUGUCUUGUACACAGCACACCCAGGUCUUGGGAAAGGAAUUUUACAACAGA